AUGGAAUUCUUCAACGAUGUGGGCUCUGACCCUCUCAAACCCUCCCUGUUCGAGCUUGUCGCACAAGAGCAACUCAGAGACCUGUUACAACCUGCGUUGAAGUAUGUUCUUUCCGUCUUUGCGCAACGUUAUCCAAGAUACCUCCUCCGAAUAGUCAACCGCCAUGAAGAGUUUUAUGCGUUCAUCAUGUUCUUUGUCGAGAGACAUUUCUUGAGGACGCAUGGCGCAUCCUUCUCCGAGAACUUCUACGGCUUGAAGCGCCGCCGACGACCACUCAUCGAACCUGAACGAGCACGGGCGGCUGUCGGCGGUGUUUUUCGCGAAGAAAGGCUUCGGAAUAGGGACAUCCGGAAGUCACUCGUGUUCCUGAUCGGUCUCCCGUAUCUGCGUGCUAAGGCACAAGACUACUACGAGGAACUGGGUGGUGGUAUUGACCCUGAGCUACUCGAAGGAAGCGAAGGAGCGCGCCAGACGAGGGCUUUAACAGAAGAGACGUUGAUGGGCAAGAUGCGGAGAGCGUUCAAGGCGAUAUAUCCAUGGGCUAACGUGACGUUCGAAUGCUGGCUUCUGCUCUACAAUAUACUAUACCUAUUCGACCGAACGCCUUUCCACCGCCCAUGGCUGGCUUGGACGGGCAUCGACAUCCGGCGCCUCGGCUUGGAUGAUCUGGUCAGUGGAUCUGCCUUGAUCGCGGGCCGAUCACAGAUACGACGGACCCUUUUGCAACGCAUACGCCGUCUGGUUCUGACGUCGCCGCGGCUUCUCCUAGACGCGUUGAAGGUCCUCCUUCCCACCGCUAUCUUCUUCAUCAAGUUCCUCGAAUGGUGGUUCUCGCCUUCUUCCCCAGCGCGUGCCCUCUCGACGUCCCCGCUCGGACCCGCCGUGCCUCCGCCGAAAUUGCUCCCUCCCCACCCCCAGAGCCUCAUUCCGGUGGACAGGAUCACCAAGUUCGGUAUGUGCCCGCUGUGUGAGCAGCCGAUUGCGAACGCGACCGCGCUGCCGUCGGGCUACGUGUUCUGCUAUCGUUGCGCAUACGGUCACAUCGAGCAGCACCACUCGUGUCCUGUGACACUGCUGCCGGCACAGAUGUGGCAGAUGCGAAAGGUACUGGUGUAA